GAAUCGAGCUCUUCGACGAUGCGGGGAGAGAAACACAGCUGGACCAGACCGAAAUCCGCGAGGAGCGCCGAUGCAACUCUCGCCUAUCGAUAUGUCAUUGCCGCAGUUUCUGCAAAAACACGUAAGCAGCCUCGUUGUUACGAGCGAACUACGUGGGUUUCACGAUCAACGUCGACACCGCGCUCGGCCCGACCGCGUCGCGCCUCGCCUCGUAUCAGCCAAGGUGCAGUGGAAGGAUCGAUUCUGGUUAUGGCGAUUUACAUAAGAUUGAGAACCUUUUCUCCUUUCGGCGACCGACCGAGGAGAUCGCCUGGCAUUCGAUGGAAAUUAUGGGAUAUUCAAUGAGUUUUGAGGGUUUGAGAAAAAGUGUCUGGACCACUUUCACGCCGACCGUAUUGUUACACUUCGAGAUCCCGUAAAUUGUUGAUUUUGAAGAAAGCACGAUCGUUUUUAAGCAACGCGAGGGUUAUCAUUGAAUUUCGUUGCAUGAAUAAAUAGUCAUCUUCCAUUGGUAAUCUAACUAGAGCCACGUGUGUUAACGUGAGGAUAUUAUACUGAUUAUAAGCGAUUUUAGCUAAUUAGGAAGAUGAUUUGUAACAUUAUCGUCGUGUAUUUCUAUGUCAUCAUGCUGCGUUACGUCAACAAAUUAACUGAUUCUUGAAUGGAACUUUGCUGACGGUGAAACUUUAAAUAAUGUGAUUACAAUAUGGAAUAGACAAUCAGCUUUGUGAAAACCAUUAAUUACGGUAUGUGUGGAAUAAUUUCACAAUGUGCAGCAUCGUGAAACAGGUCAUGAAUCCCGUGCUAAUUAUACAUAAAUAGAAGACACUUCUUGGAAGAUGCAGCAACACCUUAUGCAUUUUUUAAUAAGAUUAACAAAUAACAAAAUUUUUCGACGAAAUAUUUUUCAGCUUUUAGAUGAGAUCUAAUCGAUCCUGACUGAUCGACAAACACUUGGCUGCGCACACUUGUACGUUACUCUUUUUUCUUAUCAAAUUUAGAGAUGUGCGCGGACUCUAUUCGAGAACUCUACUUUCCGGAAUUCGGUAGGACGAAUUUAUUAUUAACGUUUUUACGUCCGUAAUUAAGAUGUUCUCUGACAAAACAAUCGUAUCUCUCGCAGUGAUACAUAAGCAUUUAAUGACUCGAGACGCUAUGAGUGUAUGCACCUUAUUCUUACGUGACGCGCGGAAGUCGAGUUAUAAUUAUGCACAUCAAUUGGAGCAGACAUUCUUGAUGAUAAUUACGAUAAUAUGACGGUACAGUCCGUCCAGUUCAUAGAAAUUUGCCGCUAACAAUCCUCUUAUCGAUUAUCGAACGGAUACUGCGAGGCAUCGAUGCUGGAAGAGGCGCGUGGCGCAAACCGUCGGUAUCCUGGACGUUCCGUAAUUAUUUACGACAGUAUCAAACUACAUUUAAGUGCACGAUUAACUUUUUUACGACGUCUUAUUUAUCGCAUUCUCUCGCCAAGGUUUCGCUCUGAAAAAAAACGUCGAUAUACGCAAUCUUGCUAAUUCAUUUUGACUCGCGGCAAAAAUGCGCGGAUUUCUACUGACUUUUCUCACCGAUUGUGAAUUGAGAUUAUUUAUAAAUAUGCUAAGAGGCACGAACGGUAUAUAUAAGUGUAUCGACAUAAAAUAUCGACGAGAGACAAAAGAGAAAGAAACGCACAACGUCUGGAUCUUUGUAACGAUUUAUUUUGAAAAAGUCGUUAUUUGUUAAGUAAAAUCUAUCACAGAGUCGCGAUCAAGGAAGUACCCAGAAAACUGUAUCGUUACGUCACAAGUAAAGAAAAAAAACACAAUACAAACAGAUUCACGUUCUUAAGAA